UUCCUCUUUAACCAAGCACCAAGCACCAAUCACUUCACAACUCUCUCUCUUUCUCUCUUUUUAUCCUCUUUUCAACACAAAUUGACAGGUUCAAUGGCACUUUCAGCAAUUUCUUCAGUGACCCUUCUCUUCUUUUUGCUCCAUUUGUGCAUCCAAGGCACUUAUGGUGACAAUGGAGGUUGGGAAAGUGGUCAUGCUACAUUCUAUGGUGGGGGUGAUGCUUCUGGCACAAUGGGGGGUGCUUGUGGUUAUGGCAACUUGUAUAGCCAAGGUUAUGGGACUAACACUGCAGCACUUAGCACUGCUUUGUUCAACAAUGGCCUCAGCUGCGGGUCAUGUUAUGAAAUGAAAUGUGACAGUGAUCCUAAAUGGUGUCUCCCUGGAUCGAUUAUGGUUACUGCAACUAACUUUUGUCCCCCUAACUUAGCCUUGUCUAAUGACAAUGGAGGUUGGUGCAAUCCUCCUCUACAACACUUCGACAUGGCAGAGCCUGCUUUCUUACAAAUUGCUCAAUACAAAGCUGGAAUCGUCCCCAUAUCAUUCAGAAGAGUCCCCUGUACGAAGAAAGGAGGAAUUAGGUUCACAAUAAAUGGUCACUCAUACUUCAACUUGGUGUUGAUAACAAAUGUGGGAGGAGCUGGAGAUGUGAAAGCAGUAUCAAUAAAAGGAUCAAAAACAGGAUGGCAACCAAUGUCUAGAAAUUGGGGCCAAAACUGGCAGAGCAACAACUACAUGAAUGGCCAAAGCUUGUCAUUCCAAGUGACCACAAGUGACGGGAAGACUGUGACAAGCAACAACGUAGCACCUGGUAACUGGCAAUUUGGGCAGACAUUUGAGGGUGCUCAGUUCUAGAUUAGGAGUUGGGUUUGAUUUGUAUAUGUUCAUUUGACCUUCUGUUUGUUUGGUUGUGAGAAGAGGAGAAGGGUGAAUAGGGUAGGAGUCUCUUGCUGAGGUGGUUAUUGGCACCCGCUAGGCCUCUCUCUCUCUCUCUAUAUAUAUAUUGAUAGUAAAAGAUUGUGAGAGUUACCUCUUUGAUUUGUAUUUCAAUCAGAAAGCUAUACUUCAUUGGUU